AAUGGGAUGGAAAUGUUUUAACUGCAGGUAUUAAUAGCUAAUCCACAGUCCACACCCUAGCUACAUAAUAUGAAGAAUUUGUUUCAUUUCAAAAUAAAAAGGCUCUGAUAUGUCAGUAAAUAUUUUUCACUUCAUAACACUAUUUGUCCUUUUAAUCGACUAAAAAUUCAGGUCAACGGAAAAUCUGAGGGCGAGUUCAUCUGCAUGAUAAAAUGGGGAAAACUCUUCAUAAAAUCCUCACCAUCAAAGCUAACAGUUCGGACGAUUUCAUCACCUCCAGUUACCACAAACGUUGUAAAAGGAGGAACAGGGGAGCUCAAUUGCCAGGCUACCGGUGACAGUGCUGCUACAAUCUCCUUCCACCGAGUAUCCGACCACCAGUCCCUGGGCACGGUUGAAAAUACUAAUUCCGAGUCCAAUGGGGUGGUAACGUCUACUGGUGUUCUGGCUGUUGGUUAACAUGUCACAUCUUCUGAGGAUAGUAUUGAGUUUUAUUGCAAAGCAAGUUGGCUUCAGGGAAAAGAGAUCAACUCGGAUAGUGUUUAUCUUUCUAUUCUAGACAUUACUGGGACGAGCGAGACCACAUGGGGGGCUGCGGGUAAUUAUACUUAUAUAUUGAGAUUACUAUUUGAUGCAUAACUUGUAAAAAGUAGGCUUAUCAAUACGCACUCACAGUUGAUAAAAUGUUUCAGAAACUAUUAUUAAUAACAAUUUAUUAAGGAAGCGGAUUCAAGCCUUGAAACAUUUUGAGGCUAAUUGUGAGUUUAAGCAAUAUUCGGGUAGAGAUUCAACUAUUCAAGUCUUGGCAGUAUUUAAGGAGUAUAAUUAAUGAUCCUCAGGCAAGGUAGCAGAGUUUAAUUGCCAAUCACACGGGGUGUUGAGGGAAAAUGGUAAUCUCUAUCUUGAUAAAGAUACGAAAGAGAUAGUGAUUACUGACGCUAAAAUAGGCUGGGAAUUCUUUGACUCAAUUAGCUCAACUUGGAAAGAUAUCGAAGAAGAUGAACGGUAAUAGUUAUAGCUUUAUAAUAAAACUUCUUAACAUUUUUAUCUUUCAUAGUUAAUUUAUAUUUGAAUGCGUUGAUUAUUUCGUCGUGAAAAUGUGGCUCGUUUUGUUAUGCAGUAAAAUGUUAUCACUUUCAGUUUUUCCAAAAAGAAUUCGCUAGUAGGAAGCAAGAGUGUCACCUCUUCUUCUCCGUAAAUUGAAGGAAACUGACGACAAUGCAAGGUUGAGAUGCACCAUCCAAUACAAAGCAGACUCAAACUACAACUUCUUAGGAGGAACUGUAAUAUCAGGGGACUUAACCCUUAGGCUCGCUUCCAUCACCUCUUUUACUUCCUCUGACUCCAGCCCAACUGUUGGUGACACUAUAACUCUCACCUGCAUAGCUACCGGUGAAGUAGCUCCCACAUUUGGGUUCUCUGACGGACGAGGUAACUUUGAUACCUCCCUCUAUGAAAUGGUGAGGGAUACCCUGGUCUCAUCUACUGGGACAGAACAUUCUGUUACAUACGUUACGAAAACUAUUAAAGCUAAAUAUGUUAUGAGGAAUGGUCAGCGCAUCAAGUGUAAGGCUGACUACGAGGGUGUAAUAGGAACUACUGUUCAGAGCAUGACUGUGACAACAUACUACCAUUGUAGUUCUUUACCACUCCAGACACACAACGAUGUUGAGGAUGCAGUGAUAAAAACCAUAGAUAACGGAGAUGGAACCACUACUCGCACGAUCAGUACGUGUCCAGCUGACACUGACAGUAUACGAUACACUCUUGAAGAGACCGCCAACUCAGGAGCUAGUAUAACAUGUUCAAAAGAAGAAGGCCACUUCGUGAAGCUGUACUUGGCCAGGUGCAGAGAGACUAAAGCCCUGGAGUUUGCUGAAGGGACCCAGAUUUUAACCCUACCCUACUUAGUGGGACCAUGUCACCCAUCGCAGAGUGGCCAAUUCGGAAAAGAAAAAAUGGAGGAGAAGUUAAACUCGGAGAUCGAUACAGUCUGCGGCUUUAAAAAAGCUGUUAGGUGUCUGAUAGAUAACACGUGCGAGCUGAAACGUUUGUGCGAGUGGAAAGUUGGGGUUACAAAUGGGCGUCUUUACAUGACGUUCAAAGUAAGGUUGACUCCACCCGUUUGGACUCAUUCGGAGAGAACUAAUCGCGUUUCGUUGAACGGUCGGAAGAUUAUGUUCUACAGAUGCUCUGAAAAAUACGACAGCAGGAAAAAACGAAAUUUAUUGACUGAGAUGGACUUCAACUUUGAUCCGGAAAAUCUGGAAGUUGAAGACUUUGUUUCUGAUUGGAUUUUAAAUUGACGAAAGAACAAAGAAAGGGCGGACGAUUUGCGACCCAAUCAUUAUCUAUCAGCAAUCAGAAAGGCC